AACACAGCUAUCUACUGUGUUAAGCUCCAAUGGUAACACAGCUAUCUACUGUGUUAAGCUCCAAUGGUAACACAGCUAUCUACUGUGUUAAGCUCCAAUGGUAACACAGCUAUCUACUGUGUUAAGCUCCAAUGGUAACACAGCUAUCUACUGUGUUAAGCUCCAAUGGUAUACUAUGUAAUUGAGUGGAUGUGUUGGCUAUGAAAACAUCAACAAGUGGGUGAACCAAUGAACUACUGGACUAGACAAUGCCCGCACACAGACAGUCCUCACAGGUCCUCCUUUGUACCCUGAUCCUAUGAGCCAACCAGGUGAGAGCAGAGUUUCUCUCCCAUAACAGACAGUAGUUACCCAACACCCAGCGCUAUUGUCUGUCUCAUACUUCACCAUCAAAGCUGAGAAAAAGAAAGGUCACCUCUCUGCCUCGGAUACUACUCCAACCGUACAGGAUUUUCAUUUGUUUUAGGACAUUGUAUGGGGACAUGGACUCAUCUCCAACUUAGACCAUUUCUGAGGUCUGAAAAUAUCAGAGAAAAGUAGAUUUGGUAGUCAACUGUCACUAAGGUUUCUUUGUCAGGAGGACUCUGAGAUUUGGGAGUCAACUAUCACUACGGUUUCUUUGUCAGGAGGACUCUGAGAUUUGGGAGUCAACUAUCACUAAAGUUUCUUUGUCAGGAAGACUCUGAGAGUUCGUUUUGACCCUGAUUGUUUCUCUGGACCCUUAACAACGGACGACGUGAUGUUCCAGGGCGUGUCUGAGAUCGCGGCGCUGUGCGCGGGACUGGUGGGUCUGAUCGGAGCGGCCGCCGUCACCGGGAUGCCCAUGUGGAAGGUUACGGCCUUCAUCGGAGAGAACAUCAUCGUCAUGGAGACGCGCUGGGAGGGCCUGUGGAUGAACUGCUAUAGACAGGCCAACAUCAGGAUGCAGUGUAAAGUGUACGACUCUCUACUGUAUCUCCCCGCAGACCUGCAGGCUGCCAGGGGCUUGAUGUGCUGCUCUCUGGCUCUCUCAGGGAUGGGUCUACUGGGGGCUCUAGCAGGGAUGCGUUGUACCUCCUGCAUCCAGGACAACGACCGCGUUAAGAGCCUCAUCCUCAUGGUGGCUGGAGGCAUGCAGUUACUGGCCUCUAUCUGUGUGUUCAUCCCAGUCUCCUGGACGGCUCACGCCAUAAUCCGUGACUUCUAUAACCCUUUGCUGAUCGACGCCCAGCGCAGGGAGUUGGGAGAGGCUCUCUACAUCGGUUGGGUGACCGGAGCCUUCCUACUGACCUCUGGGCUUCUCUUCCUCUGUCGCCGUGUCCACUCCAACAAAGCCUCGUUCGAUAUCUAUCACCCAGCCAACAGGAUCAACAAACCCACUCUGAUGCACUACCAUCCCAUCUCCAGCAUUCUUAGCGUGAGGGCUCACCGCCAGCCCGGUCUGAACCGCCAACAAAGUCACAGCUUCGAUGCAUACCAACACCACCAAGCUCCGAUUCUUCAUAACGUUCCUUAUGGACAACAAGGGGUCGUCAUGAACCCUCCAGCUGCUGUGUAUGACUCCAGCUCGGUGGAGAACGUUGGGCCGUUGGUCUAUCACCAUGGCAACGGACGUCAUGUUGACGGACACCAUCCCUCCACCUCUAACAGCUCCAACUACGUCAGCAGCCUGUCCACUCUGGCUAACUCCCUAUACAUCAGCCAACAGACUCCGUACUCCUAUAACCACCUGACCGCUCCGUAUACCACAUAUACCGGUAGUCAACAGACAAAUCCAUACUCCUACAGUCAUCCGGGAAACCUGUCCGUUUCACACAACUCCAGUUUUCAAGCCGUACCUCAGAAUCCUGUUUUUAUCGGGUAUAAGGGCUCCAGAGUUCAACCAUCGCAGUCUCACCACAGUGGAAGCAGUGUUGGUGUGUACAUCUGAAUAGACUGCAAAGAGACCAGUCAUCGUCUGAUACUCACUGUACCUUAACAAAUAGUGUGAACAAAGAGUGUUCAGUGUAUGGGACAGUCAUAGCUGUGUAGAGUGUUCAGUGUUUGGGACAGUUAUAGCUGUGUAGAGUGUUCAGUGUAUGGGACAGUCAUAGCUGUGUAGAGUGUUCAGUGUUUGGGACAGUUAUAGCUUGUGUAGAGUGUUCAGUGUUUGAGACAAUUAUAGCUGUGUAGAGUGUUCAGUGUUUGGGACAGUUAUAGCUGUGUAGAGUGUUCAGUGUUUGGGACAGUUAUAGCUGUGUAGAGUGUUCAGUGUAUGGGACAGUCAUAGCUGUGUAGAGUGUUCAGUGUAUGGGACAGUUAUAGCUGUGUAGAGUGUUCAGUGUAUGGGACAGUCAUAGCUGUGUAGAGUGUUCAGUGUAUGGGACAGUUAUAGCUGUGUAGAGUGUUCAGUGUAUGGGACAGUUAUAGCUGUGUAGAGUGUUCAGUGUAUGGGACAGUUAUAGCUGUGUAGAGUGUUCAGUGUUUGGGACAGUUAUAGCUGUGUAGAGUGUUCAGUGUAUGGGACAGUUAUAGCUGUGUAGAGUGUUCAGUGUAUGGGACAGUUAUAGCUGUGUAGAGUGUUCAGUGUAUGGGACAGUUAUAGCUGUGUAGAGUGGUCAGUGUAUGGGACAGUUAUAGCUGUGUAGAGUGUUCAGUGUAUGGGACAGUUAUAGCUGUGUAGAGUCUAGAAACUCUAUUCUACAUUCUUCUUCUGUAAUGUGAUUAUUCAUGUACCAUUUGGGUGUGUUUGUCAGGCCGCUGCUGGCGGUUUUACAUAGCCAGCUCUCCCUUUUGUCACCUUGACCUUACCUGUCAUGUGACCUCAGUAAACAAAAAGUUUGGUUUCUCCAGUAAAGAACAUCAUGUUUGAUUCUGCAUACGGGAGAGCCACUUCAAAACGAGGUGAUUUUCGUUGGAGCAGGUCAGGAGAGCAUUUUUCGCUAACCUUUUUCAUAAACUUAAACCUCAGUCUCCUAACCUGCUGUGUUUAUUCUCCUAACCUGCUGUGUUUAUUCUCCUAACCUGCUGCGUAGGUUCUCCUAACCUGCUGUGUUUAUUCUCCUAACCUGCUGUGUUUAUUCUCCUAACCUGCUGUGUUUAUUCUCUUAACCUGCUGUGUUUAUUCUCCUAACCUUCUGUGUUUAUUCUCCUAACCUGCUGCGUAAGUUCUCCUAACCUGCUGCCUCUGAUCUGGAGGAUUCACUAAACAGAGAACAUCCCUGGUCAUCCCUACUGCCUCUGAUCU